CUCAUCUUUGCGUUUUAACACAAGACUAGGGGGAGCAAUAUCCGGGUGAUUUUUUCUCAUUUGAAUUCACCAAAUAUUUAUUGCUUGCUUGUUUACUUUGUUUAGUUUCCUUAGUUUUAACCAUGAAUUGAUUGCUAGUUAACGUGUGCACAAUUGAAGUAAGGAUAAAAGUUCGCCCUGGUUGAUAUUGAAAUACUUAUCCUAACCUACACCUGAUUAUAGGCUGGACUUGGCCUAUAGUUAGGAUAGUGUGUAGUGAUAUAUGAAUCAAAUUGAUGGAUUGAUUAUUGCAUGAGUUUAGUGAGCCGUGGUGGGCGUGUUUGAACCAAAUAGUGUUCAUUUUUAGAAUUUGUCUACCAAGUGUUAUGUUAUGAAUGCAAGUGGAGUUUGUUUUUGAUUGGUGGAUGGUAGCCACCGUGGUAGAGGUUGUGGUUCUAAUUUUUGUGUUCUUGUACCGUGACAUACCCGCAACCCUGCCACAGUGGUUUGAGCUUCUCCUGACCAUGGACGAGGAUAUUUUCCACGAGCUGUGUGUGGAGUUCUACUCCACCUUCUCCCACAUCGUCCCGGCCAGCAAGAAGAGCCACCCCCGGGUGGAGUUCAUGCUGGGCGGUCAGCCGCGAGUGCUGACCUAUGAUGGCUUCGCUCAGGCCAUAGGGCUCGACACCGCUCACAUGACAAUGACGGAGCGGCAGUACACGGUCGACUUCGACUAUCAGGACGCAUUCAGAGCCCUCUCUCGCCUAGAGCACGAGCAGAGCGAGUUCGAGGGGAGCAAGACCAAUGCUACCAAGCUACAGACCCAGUGGAGGAUUCUCCAUACUUUGCUCACCAGAUCCGUUGUCCUCACCCUCCAGGUAGGCCACUUGAUGACGACCAGAGGGCUCAUUUCCCUCUACUCGAUGAGGAGUCCACCUGAGCCGAUCCAUCUGGGAUCGUUGAUUGCCACCUCUUUCGCCUGGUGUCCGGGGCGAAACAGAGUGGACACGAGGAUAGCCCGACACUUCCAGGUGGAUCUGGCCCGCUGCACCAGCGUAGGAAGGAUGGAGCCCUUCCGAGUGAAGACAUUAUACAACCAGAAGCUGGCACUCCAGGGCAAGAGGGGAGUGGAGUACCUCGAUAGACUCCGACCCUCCGGAGUCAUUCGAGCUAUAUUAGCACCAGCUCCAGUGUAGCCCGACCCUGAGGUCCCACCAGCAGUAGAGUAGCCGCCUGCUCGUGCACCUGGCCGCCGCCGGCGUCCAGCUCUCCCGCGCCCUGCACAGUAGCCACCACCACCGGGAGCAGGCGAUCCCCUCGUCCAGAGGGUGGAUCGCCUUGAGAUGGGCUUCUCGAGAUUCUCAUCCCGCCUCGAGUGACAGUCCGACAUCCUCGAGCGCAUGGCUCGACACCAGGGUAUCCUAGCCGAUGAUGGCGACGGUCCAUCCACCAGAGAGAGGUAGCCGACGAGAGAGACAUGUGGCAGAGCGGAGUCCUUUCUCCCCACUUCUCUACUUGUAACCCUAAACUUGUUUUAUUUUUUUGUUUUUGUUAUUUGUGUGUGUCUGACAUGAACUACUACUACUUUGUAUUGUGUUGGUAAUAACCUCGCCUCGAGCGAGUUGUAUUGUGCUUAUGUGUGUUUUUUGUUGUCUCUCCUUGAAGCUCCAAUUAUCCUACCCUGGUUUGAUUCCUACAUUCACUCAUCAAGCCCAAGCGGUAACAUCACUCUACCCCUUUCUUACGCCAUUCAGGACAAUGCCGAGUUUAAGUGUUGGGGGGGGGGGGGUAGUCUACUAGUAUGCUUCUAUUAGUGCGAUGUUGCUUGGAGCUUUUGUGUGCCCAAAUUUCAAAAUUUUGAGGUCUCCAAGCAACGGUUGCAUAUUCAAAGUGGCUGGAUGGUGGGAAAUUCUCGUGUUUGCGGCAUUAAUCUUGAACUGUGCAUGUGAUUGAGCGUAUCCUAUGAUGAUGACUGAGAAGUUCAUUAGGAUAGGGCAAAAGUUUAGUUCUCAAAGUGUGCAUAAAUGAAAUGUAUUUCUUGAC